UAUCAAACCAUACUGUGCACAGUUUACUAUAAAACAAUUUGAUGGAUCACGCCAUAGACAACAACUAAAAAUAAAAUACUAUCUGACUACCGGCUAUCUAUUGGUUUUCCCACUAUUCGCCGCCGUAACACUGCCCAGUUAUUUUUGUGUUUGUCAAUGUAUUUAGUUUUUUUGUUUGACUUAAUUCGCCGCAUCACUUUAGUUUAGUUUGUGUACCGUUGUAAACGUACCUUAGCUCUCUAUGCCUUGAUAGAUGGAUGGAUCAAACCAUCUAUAAAUAAGAUUGUACCUUUAUCUCUCCCAAAACACAAAUACCUAACCUAUACCCGGACCCGUACUAAACAUAUCACCGUGAAGUGUUUUGCUUUUUUAUCACUGAUGUGCCGUUAUCGGGUUUCUUCCAUGUUUGUUAUUUUGUUGGUACCGUUUUUUAAUUUGAAAUUUUAAACUUCUACUUGUUCGACGCACUAACCUGACGAGUGAUUUUUUCGAUUCGAUUCGAUUCCAUUCCAUUCGAUUUGAUUAUAUUUAUUUUGGGUUUUAUCUAUGAAAAGUUAACAACAACAACAACAAAAAUACUUAUAGAUAAGAAUAUACAGUGUCAUAACUUGAACAUUAAAACCACGACUACCUGUCAAAAAAUCUAAAAAAGAAAAUUAAAGAAAAAAAAAAUUGAUCGACAGGAUCGUGUGUGAUGAUUGUUGGAUUGAUUCGUCGAUUUCGAUUCUAGUUGUGGAUAAGGUGCGCUUGGUGAAAGAUACAAAUAUUUAUACAAUGCGGAUUGUUUGUUGAUUUCUUGGUUGAUUAUUUAAUUUAUGACCAAAGGAUGUUUUUUUAAUAAUAUUGUUGAUUUCUUUUAUGUGAUUGAUUGUAAAAUAAAUCGAGUGGAUUAUAAUAAAAUCGAUAAAAAAGAAAAACCAUGAACUAAAAACGAGAGUAACAGUUGGAUAAAAUUUCGUUAACCAAAAUAUCCUUAAAGAUAUCAUCUAAAUGAUAGUGAAGACAUAAGAAUCAUAAACAGUGACAAAAAUAAUAAUAGAAAAUAAAAAUUAAAACAUUAUUUUAACAAAAAACACAUUUUAGUGUUUUUUGUUUAUUUAAAACAAAAAAAAACACAAAAACAAAAAAAAUAUUUUUCGUGUUACAAGUGGUUUAUAAAUAAAACCUUCAAAAUUAUUCUCGAAAUGGAUAUGACUUCAACAGCGGAAGCUGCUCGCAGUUGGUACGAGAGUCCGCGACUUGGUGGUUCACCAAAUGUCAAUGGACUAGGGGUAGGUGGUAGUGGACAUCAGGGUUUAUCGAGUGGUACAUCGGGUGGCCUUGACGCAUCUGAUAUGGGAGCAUUUUAUGCAUUAGAAAGUAGCGGACAUCAUAGAAGAUAUUAUUCAACUGGCUACCAUCCAACACAUGCUUCACGAAUGCCAUCGUCACAUACAUCGCCUCAGGUAUGCCGACCACACUUUCAUCCGCCCUUAAGUUCAUGGUUAACCAGCGAUCAUAAAUCAUUUCCGCCUGGCAGUCCGUGGGGUAGUCCGUUUGCAUGUCCACAGGAUCCGCAGGAUAAAAUUGGCGGCCAAAUACAAAGCCAUCAAACGGGCCAGCAUUCAUUUCCAUUCCCUCCAACACCGCCAAAGGACUCUACGCCCGAUUCAGUACAAACAGGCCCAUCCGAAUAUCAGGCUGCUGUGAAUGCAUUCAUGCAUCAAGCACAAGCAUCAACUACCUCACUUAACGAUACAAGUUGCGCAUUGGAUAUCAAACCAACGAUACCAAACGGUAAUGUCGGAGUUGGUGGCGGAGGCGGCAUCGGUGGAGUAUCAAAUCAAGUUCCUGCGCCCAAACAACGCGAAGGUACGAAUGCGGGUAACAGUAAUAGCAAUAACAACAACAAUACCAGCAGCAAUAAUCACAAUACGCAUGGGGCUAGCAAUAAUAAUAAUAACAACAACAAUAAUAAUAAUAAUAAUCAUUCAACAAGUAAUAAUAACAAUAAUAAUAAUUCAGCAUUAAAUGGUGGUGCAAGCAGUUUAUUUGAUAGUACACAAGCUGCAUAUGGGGUAGGUGGCGGCGGUGUAGGUGUAGGAGGCAGUGUUGGUUAUGAACCUAGUUAUGCUGCAGCAUAUCACCAUCACCAUCAUCACCACUCUCAUCAUCAGGCAGCAACGGCUGGAAUGUUUCAAACAGCAGCCAGGCAAGCGGGUAUGAGCAGCCAAGAUGUGAAACCACAAAGGACGAAGCCACGCACAAGUGCCGAAGGACGAGAAUGUGUAAAUUGUGGCGCCACAUCAACGCCAUUAUGGCGAAGAGACGGAACCGGACAUUAUCUAUGUAAUGCAUGUGGAUUGUAUUAUAAAAUGAAUGGACAAAAUCGACCACUGAUAAAGCCAAAGCGAAGACUGACUUUGCAGUCAUUGCAGAGCGCGGCCAAGCGAGCGGGGACAUCAUGUGCGAAUUGCAAAACCACAACAACAACCCUUUGGCGGCGGAACGCCAGUGGUGAACCAGUAUGCAAUGCCUGCGGUCUUUAUUAUAAACUUCACAAUGUUAAUCGUCCUCUGACAAUGAAGAAGGAGGGUAUACAAACGAGAAAUCGAAAGCUGUCUUCGAAGUCAAAGAAAAAGAAGGGGCUUGGCGGUGCAUGCCUUCCUAUUGGUAGUCAUUUGGGUAUGAGCGAUUUAAUGAAACCAUUGGAUUCUAAAGGCUUUGGAGGUGGUUUCUCAACGUCUAUGGGACAACAUGGACACUUAUCAGGAGGUUUGCAUCCAGCUCAUGCUCAUAUGCACGGAGGAUGGUAUGCCAGUGGAAUGGGUGCAUUGAGUGCCUCAAGCGGACUACAAGGAGGUUUCUCAACAGCCGGUUCAUUAGGAGGAGGUGUUGUACCUCAUUCCCAGUCAUACCACUUAGGACUUAGCUCCAUGGGCACAUGGAGGCCUGACUACACGUGAUGGAGCGGGAAUAAUUUGAACAGCAAUAUUUUUAAUUAAAAGUUACUUCAAAUGCAACUUAGACCGAUUUACAAUUAAAAACACACACAGAAACAGAAAACACCACAAAAUAUUGAUUUUUAUUUUUGUCACCAAAACUUCUUAACACAUUAGGAUGAGUUUAUACCACCAACUUUAUAAUAUCUACAACUGGGACUUAUAACUGACUUCAUAUCCUUGCAAGCAUAUAAAUGAUUUAUAUGACCUCUUUUUCUAUAAAUAUGUAUAUAUGUACCUCCACCCUACACACCCUAUACCCUAUACCCGUUAUCAUUGUAAAAAGUCAGCCAGGUGAAUUUAUGAGCUUGGACAUAUUUUACAUAUUUACAUCAUUCAGCACAGAAGUCACCAUGCCACAAAAUCAUGCAAUUAGUGGUCGCGCCACCGAACAAAACACAACCACAGUGUGAAUACGAAUAAGGAGACUACUGUUACCCCUUUACUUUUUAACAUCCUUCGAGCUAUACACAGUACACUUACAAUACAACCCUCUAAGGAAAAUAAAAGAAAUGGGUGGUUUUAAUGGAGUGCGUGGAGGAAGGGAGCAGGGGGAGGGGGUGGUUUAUAAAGGGGUUGUUGAAUGUGUGACGGGGGAGAGAAUCAGGAACCCAGUGCGAUUUAACUUUGAUUUAUACAGGCGUAACCUUAAUUUAUUUUAGUAAUGAAUUUGAGCUACGAAUUACAUAAAUUGCGUGCAAUUCCUAUUAUUUAAGGACCUUACACAUUAUUUACAUUUUAUUUUAUAAUUCUUUUAUUUUUGUUUGUAAAAAGAACAUAAUUUUUGUUUAACUAAGUUUAUUUUUUUAAGUAGCAGAAAUUGUAUUAAGUUAAACCGCUUUUCUAUAAUUUAUAGAUAGCUAAGGUAAAAAGUUGCAUACCUAAAUUUUUGGUUAAAAUUUGACCGAAAUGGGGCGGAAAAUAUUACAUAUAUAAAAAAAUUAAAUAUGUAUAGAAAUACACCACAAAUCUGCCAUAACUGUACAGUGUAAUGAUAUAAUAUAGAAUAAAAUGUAGUUAAAAAUUGAUUUUAUUUUUUAUUUAAAAAAAAAAAAAAACAAAAUUUAUAUCUUGUGUAUAGUUAGUAAUAAAAUUAGAACUAAAUUUUUGUCACAGAAAAUAUAAAAUAAUUAAAGAAAACAUUUUGUAUAUAUUUAAAAAUAUUAUAAAUAUAACAAAUAAAUGCACACAUUUUAAUGUGGAAUGUGGAAUCAUGUGUGGAAAUGGAAAGGACAUUGAGGGAAAAAGUUAUGUGUUAAAAAAUCAAAUUACAAUCGUCCUUUUUUGCAGCCAAUUUAUCAUUAAAAAAAUAUGUAAAUUUUUCCUCUUUGCAAAAAUUUAAAUAUUUAUAAAAAAUGUAAACUAAAAAUAAAACAAAAAAAAAACAUACCGUGAUAAUAUUAAAAAAAAAAAUAAAAAUAAAAUGAGAGAGAAUUUAUCAAAAAUAUAUAUAUUGUGUUUGUACAGAGUUAGUCAUCAAGCGAUAUAGGUAGGGUACCCACACAAGGUCAAAGAGAAUGGAAGUUUAAAAUAGUUAAAAAAUAAUUUAAUACAAAAAAAAAACAAAAAAAUAUACUGAUAUAUUUAAAAUACUAAAAUUAAGAUUAAUUUAAAUAAAAUAUGGAAAAACAUAGCAAAAAGAAAAAAAAAACAAUUGUAAAUGUAAAAAAAAAACAAAAUAUGUCUUGAUGUGUUAAUAUUAGUAUUAUUACAUUAUUAUUAUAAAUAUUGUAUUAUUAUUCUUAUUAUUGCUAUUAAAAAACAAAAACAAACAUGUAACUGGCCAUAUUGAUUUUUAAAAUGAAACAAAAAUGGCAGAAAAAUCACACACAAAAAAUAUAUAUAUAUAA